CAAAAAAAAAAUUAAUAAAUCUCUUUACUAUUAGUUGCUAUAGAAAUAAUCUUUUUCUUCUUCACAAAUUGUAGAAUUUUUGAAGUCAAAAUUUGCAGAGUAACAAUGUGCUGUAGAGUUAGUGGUUGUAGGCCGUUGGCCUUUCUUCUUAGUCUCCCUUUUGCUCUCCUCUCUCUUCUCGUCUCUAUCAUCGGCGUUAUCGUCUGGAUCAUCGGGUUGUCAUCGAGUUGCAUAUGUCCUUGUUGCCUUUGUGUAACUGUGUUGGUUGAAUUGGCAUUGAAGUUGAUAAAAGCCCCAAUUCAUGUUAUGGAGUGGUUCACUAAUCAAAUCCCUUGUUAACACACACUGUAUUACUUUCCCCCUUUUUUUUUUUUUCAUUUUUCAUAUCUUAUAUUAUAGGAUUCCAAUGGAUUAUUGUUGUUUUGCUUCCAUCUUUUUAUGUAUGUAAAAAUUCACAACAUCUUUGUUUUUAUAUAUAAAUAAUAUUGUGUAUUCUUUUGAUUAA